AUGUCAGAUAAGCAUGGUGAGGAGGAUGAGAUUAUGCGUAAAUGGCUGUGGAUUCUAUGGAACUCCGCAAUGGGAGAAUCGAUGUUCAAAGUGUUGGAGAGCCCAUCAGAACGAGCUGAAAAAGAGUCAAGAUUUCGCAAAAAACAAGUAAAUAUCCGACUUUCGAAUUUCAACUCUUUUCGAUUUAUGUUUGAUUUCAGAUCACUUUUGAGCUUCGAUCAGUUCCAGGAAAGAAGGAAAUCGACGACGGAAAGCAAGUCUCGUGGCAUCAAAAACUUGUUCAAAACGUCUCCCAUCCCUGAAAGCGGAACAAGCUCCCCGACAUCUACAUCACCCUCGAGCACCCCAACUCGACGACGUGACCUAUCGCCAGACUCUUUGGAAGCCCGUAAGCAGUUUUCGGACUUCCUGGUUGCCAAUUUGUCAACAGCAAUGGCUCAAGAAAUUGCACGCUCUGUGAAGAAUGCGGUGAACAAGAUUUCGGAAAUGAGAUUGAACUCAGAAGAUAUGUCAGAUCUCGUCAUUAGUUAUUAUCAAUAUCUCGGAGACCGAAUUGGUGUGCACUCGUAUUUCAACUCACCUGAUUGUAAGGUGAAAGUGGAAGAUGUGAUGGACCAAGUGGAGAAGUAUAUAUCAACAUGCUGUUAUGCGAUGUUCUUCUGCGCCAGUCACGAUGAAGAAGUGGCCGAUAUGUCAUUACAGGAUAGGAUUCGAUCCCUUCAUUGGGUUACUGCUGGGUUUCUGGAGACAAAGCUGGUGUUCAAGAAGCAAAAUGUUAGAGACAAAGUUGAUGAAGCAAUAACGGAAUUGAUUGAAAUCAAUGCGAAGAAAUCGGCAUUUGAGAAACUCGACUGCCUCACUCGCUCUUGUAAAGCGAUAUUCGAAGCUCUUAAAGAAAGUGAGUCAUCGACAUCAGCUGAUGAAUUCCUUCCCACUUUGAUAUACAUACUUUUCCGUGGGAAUCCGCCGUUGAUUCAAUCAAACGUAAAAUUCAUAUCGAGAUUCGCUGUUCCAGCACGGCUCAUGAGUGGAGAAGCUGCAUACUUCUUCACCAACCUCUCAUGCGCUCUCGAAUUCGCGAGAAAUAUGAAUCACGAAAGCCUUCAAAUGGAGAAGGCUGAGUUCGAAGCAUACACUUCUGGACAUAUGGCACCGCCUCUGUCAGUACUGAACUCAGCAUGUAAUCAAGCGAUGUAUGUGCUAGAAGGGACCAUCGAAACGAUUGCCACUGUUGCAAAGAAGGCGGAAGAUCUGUUGAAAAACUUAACCGGUGUCGACAAGAAAUCUGAUGAUGAUCUCGAAAAAAUGCUGAUAUUGAUCAAGGAAACCGUCGAUAUAUUCCCAACCGAUGAAUACAUACAAAUGAAGGAAUCGAUCUUCGCAGAAGAACAAGAAACUGCUGACUUACUGGUAUCUCUCUCCCGUCAGUCAUCAGAUCUGGCCGUGGAACGCUUUCCACUUCUGCCGACAACACCCAACCUUCCACUCCUCAACCACAGCUUGAUCCUUCUUUCGAAUCUCCUCUUGCCACCGCUAUCGUUCAGAAAGAGGCCACUGAUUCGAAUUGAAAACGCUGACUUCAUGCCUGCAAUGUCUGCAUGCUUUUAA